AUGGCAUUCACGGAUUUUGCCAUCCUGAUGCAAGCCCUCCGGUGCGGAACGACGAGCGGACUGGACGGCAAGGCGGUCGUGCUGGUGACGGGCUUGUUCCGUGCCGUGCCGCCGUGGGAGGAUCGGGAAAUGGCGGUGAAGCAUGCUGGGCUGAGCGACAUGACGCUGUCGGCCGAGGGCGUGCCAUAUAUUUCCAUGUACGUUCCCACCACCCGCCGCGACAUCCUGAUGGGGCAGAUAACCUCCAUGGACGGCAGCCACUUCCCGUUGUCAUGCCGACGAGGAUUGCAUCCCCGAGAGGGCUGCAACAAGGUUGGCCGCCCCGACGAGUGGUUGCGCAUGACGUACAACUACAAGAAGGUCGGGCAGGCCAUGGAGCUUCUCCGACGGACCAAGACGUCCAGAAUCUCCAGCAAACUAGUUUCCAUGUCUCCGAUAAGCUAUCCGAGGAAACGCGCCGGCCAUGAUGACACGGCGAGCCUCUCUGAAGAUCUGCACCUCCGUUUCCGGGCCGGGCCAGAAUGGAUCAUGAAGGGAGGACAAUCCUCUGAGCGCUUCUUUGAAUUGCAAAUAAUCUCGAUUGGUCCGCUCGUAGGCUACGUGCCCCAGCCAAGCAUGUCGGUAGCACAAGAUCAAGAUGGUAUGGGCGACCAUGGCGUGGAGCGGCAGGAACUUCUAAACGUGUCCGCUGCGUUCACGGUGUCCGAAAGUUUCUUUGGGCCGCGCUCGGUGAUGUCGCUGGAGGGCGUGUACAACCCGGAGGACGGGCGGAUGCACCUGGUCGGCUGCCAAGGCGUCGAGGCCCCAUGGCAGAUCAUGUCAAAGAUGAGAGGCCUUCGAAGCGGGAUGGACAGCUCCAUCGAGUUGGAGGUGCAGUACCCGCCGACGAGGAUGCGGUGGCUCUUCAGCCCGUCAGCGAAGGUCCACCUGUCCAGCACAAGGGCCACCGGCGACCCGCUAUUCAUGGAGCAGAAGGGGGUCGUCUGCCUCGCCAUGCUAUCGGCCACCAUCGCUGCCGCCUUACGCCAGCUGAGCUACAUGGAGUCCCACCCGGACACCGUGCCGUACAUCUCCCUCGCCAUGCUCGGCGCCCAGGCGCUCUGCUACGGCGCGGCGCUGGUCACCGACGCCAGUAUCCUACUUGCGUGGCGAAGGACGUCCGAUGACGACGGCAACUACAGGAUGCAGGUCCGGGGCCUGCACUGGGACAUGGACUGCUCCGUGAAAGCCCUCGCCCUCGCGGCGCUCCUCCUCAUGCUGCGCCUGGCGCACAAGGUGCGGCGGUCCAGGGUUAUGGGCAACGCCUGCCUCUGA